GAUUGGCUGAGUUGAGCACGUCGGCGCUCUGGGGUAUUGUCGAAAAUGGCGGCGCUGGCUGUCUGUCGGCUUGCAAGAAGAGGCUGGCUGUGGAAGCUUCCCUUGGCUUCACGUAGAGAGUUUUGGUCUCGAUCCAGGAAAGAGGAGCUGGUGGUGGCUGAGACAGUGGAAGAAGUGAAAAAAGAACCUGUUCUGGUGUGUCCGCCCUUACGAAGCCGAGCCUACACACCACCCAACGAUCUCCAGAGUCGCUUGGAGUCUCAUAUUAAAGAAGUUCUUGGUUCAUCUCUUCCUAAUAAUUGGCAAGAUAUCUCCCUGGACGAUGGACAUGUGAAGUUCAGACUCUUGGCAAAAUUAGCUAAUGACUUAGGCCAUGCAGUACCUAACUCCAGGCUUCACCAAAUGUGCAGGGUCAGAGAUGUUCUUGAUUUCUAUAAUGUUCCUGUUCAAGAUAGAUCUAAAUUUGAUGAACUCAUUGCUAGUAAUUUACCUCCCAAUUUGAAAAUCAGUUGGAGUUAUUGAGCAGUCCGGUCACUGAACACAUUAAGAUCAUUCUUAUUCUCGUCACUAGGGUGACUGACAAACCUUGUGAGAUGUUACCUAUCAGAACUUGUCUCAAAACUUUCUUUUCCUAUACCUUUUUUUUUUCUCCUUAUAGAAGAACACACCUUUUUUUUUCUCAUGGAGAAUCAAAAAAGAAAAUAUUUUCACAUUUGCUAAAGCUAUCUUUCCCCAAUAAAAUCAAGUCUUGAUAAUUUAUGAAAACGUUUUUAUUCCAAGGUAUAUAGUCAGGAUUGUUGAGAGGAACAGAAGUGACAGCAUGAAAACAUUUAAAGGGGCUUUAUUAUGUUACCUUACAUUAGGAUCUGGGUAGUCCAUCAGUGGCUGUUUCACACCAGAGAGGCCGAGAACCUGAUAGUUGCACCCUUCACGAGGCUGACUGUCAGUAGUACCAAGCUGUUGCUGAAGGUCUGGGGGAUUCUUUGAAGAGCGUACUGAUCUUCAGUUCAUGCUGGCUGCCUGAAGAAGCUGGUUCUAAUAUGAAUGAAGAGAUGCAGCAAUGGCAGGAACAAGAGUGAUGCAUUUGUCAGUAGAGUGAAGGCAAGCAGGCAGAAAGCAAACCUCCUGCAUGGGUUCUGCCCACAUUUACAGCGCACUUCCUUCUAGAGAGAUAAUCUGAUUAAGAAAAUCCCUCAGUGGAGUGGCCAGCUGCUUGUCUUUUAGUUGACUCUAGAUCAGUCAAGUUGUCAACCAAGAUUAACCAUCACACGAAAAUACUAAGUAACUUGGGUUUCAGAUAGGAGGACAUUGCAAGGUCAAGUGUUUUCUUUGCCCUUCAUAUGGCUAAAGUACUAGUUUCAAUAAAAUGUCCUAAUCUUAUUAAGGCUUAAAGAUAUGGGGUUGUUAUAUAUGUGUAUACAAGUAAGGAAUGUAUACUGAGAAUUUUGGUGUCUUUAAACAACCCAGAAAUACUGUCAGAUUGUUUUCCAGGUGUGGGGUAAGAAGUACUGCAGGUGUAGCCCAUAGGGCUGCUUCAGGUUGUCCACAGCAGCUGACUGAUUUGCUUUGGGAUCUAGCAGGGCAUGAUUUUUCCAGCUGCACAUAGUUUGUGCGAUUGUGUGAGGUUUGGAAUUCUGUUUUUUUUUCAGAGGGUAAGUGUUAGGGUCCUAAGAGGUGGUGGGUUGUUGAUUUUUUGCUGUUGGUUGCCGUUUGUUAAGCAGUUAUGAACAGAGGAGAAACAAGAAGAAAUUAGAUAUUCGAAGAUGGAGAUCACACUUGCCCCAAGGAACUUGAUGCCCCUGAUUGGCAGAAAGUCUAAUGAUAACAUCACCCCCUUUCCCCUCCAUCCUUUUUUCUGUGCUAUCUAGUUUUAAGGGGUGGAAGGGGUGGAGAAGGGUGGAAGAAAGGAGAACCCACAGAGUCGCCUAAAGGCCAGCUACCAGACAAAGCAUAUUGGGUGCUUGCAAGAAACAUGAACCUCUGACAUACGUUACAGAAAGUUCCCCUCUGUCUUACUCCAUGAGUAAAGAUGGAAGAAAGGACACUUUUCUGGCUUCAUCUCGGAAUUAAAGUGUAAUGACUUUGCUUUCUUUUUUAAUGAAAUUCACUUUCAUGUAUCACUUUAUUAUUUCCUUAAAAUGAAUAUUAGAAAUGAGAAAAAUAGAAUACCAGUUAUUAUGUUUUAAAUGUUACUGCUAGAUUCUACAUUUACUUUCAUAUUGUCAAAGUAUAUUUCAAACUGUAGCUUUGAAAGUGGCCUUGUGGCACCUGUGAUUAGUUCUUAGCAUGGCACAUGUUUGUAUUUGAUGUACUUAUUAUAUGUAGAGAUGAUUUACAUAAGUUACCAGAUAGAUCUGAAUCACAAAAUUGGUGAUUAUAUUUAAAAUCAUAAUAGGAAGGUUUUAAGCAUAGGAAAGUGUAUUCUUUUUCCUUGGAUGAUUUUGUUGAAUCGGUUGCAUACAUACAUUCUAGCAAAUUCAUUAGGGAAAAAAAAAUAGUCAAGGCAGAGGAGAUGGCUUAGUGGGUAAGAGUGCUUGACCUGCAAGCCUGAGGACCUAGCUUAAAACCCCAGUACCCAUGUAAAAAGCUGCAUAUAACCACGUGUGCCUAUACCACCAACACUGGACAGUGGAUGUGGGUGAAAGCCCAGUGGCCAGCUAGGCCAGCUAGUCAGAAAAAUGAGAUUCCCAUUCAGUGAUUUGUUUUCUCAAGGCAACUAGGUGAAAAUCACUAGAGAAAACUCUGUCCUGCCCUGGCCUCAGUGUGCACACAGCUGUACAUACCCACACUGUCUGACUGGACAGUGUCUAAGAGAAAGUCACAGUAUCUAAUAGUAGGUACACAUGUUAUUCCUUACAUUAUGAGCUGCAAUCUCUGGAUUCCUGGAGUUAAGACACAAUAGCUCCUGUUUCUGAGAAGACUCAACAUGGGACCAUUUGGAUUUUACAUGCAGAAUUUGCUUAUCUUGUUUCCCAUACAAGAGCAUACUGAAAGUAAAGAGGUGGGAAGUCAGAAUGGAAAGAGACAACUUUUGGCUACAACUGGACAAGCGACUGCAAAACUCACUAUUCAUAUUAUUGUUAAAGUAGAAGCUGCUCUUUUGUACUCCAGAGCAAUGCCGUUCAAGAUUUAUAUGGAGAUGAGUCAUUUGGAGAUGAUGUUAAUGUCUGGAGUGAUUGUAAACUUCCACAUCUCUAUAAUACUCAGAAGUAACGUGGUCCCAGGGUCGCGAAGUAACCCCGAAGAGGCAGCCAAGUUACCCUUCUGUAAAACCCAGGUUAGCUGCAUAUCCGUUAGGAACUCUAGAGGGCGGCGUUGGUUUACACACAGCACGAUACACUUUUAUAAUAGAGAUCUCACGGAACAGGUUUAUUUGUUUACUGAAGUAGCUGAACAUACACAAAAAGCUUUAUAUUUUAAAAAACAUGAAAUGGAAAAGGCAUAAGCUUUCUGAUUUUAUGUAUUUGAAUCUAUGAGUUCAAUGUGCAUUUGGUAAAACGUAAUAAAAUCAUUAGCAAGUCAAGAUAAA